ACAGCCGCCGUAACUACGCCAAUCGCAGCUACGGUGAAUGCGCAUCAGUUUGCGGUAGGCUCGGUUCUUUAAAAGCGUCGUGCUUUUAUUCACAAACCUUUUUAUCUUUUCUUAUUAAAUGUAAAUCGUAAGUUACGCGAAGAUAAAUGUUUGUAUAUGCCAGAACUUUACAGUGCGCGUUUAAAGUUACUCAAUAUCACAACACUUUUGUGUUACAUUAGAAUAUUCAUUUAUAACAAUGGCACGGGGACGCGGAAGAUACAGGGGACUAAACAAAAAGGAAUCGACUACAUCACACAAUAACCAGCAACCCAAGUUUCCAUCAAAUAUGGAAACUACAGCAUCUAUUUUGAGGAGGGAAAAUUUGAGUUUUAACCUCUUGAAUUCUUAUGUAUAUGUUGAUUUAAGUGAUGUUACCAUAAAUCCAUAUGAUUAUUUGAGAACGGCAUCAUCUCCAUCAGUUACAGAAAGCAGAAAGAACCUAAAACCUGCUAAGAAUACACUUCUAAAUGAUUCCAACAUUAGUUUAGAUAAGAAAGUUUUGCGAAAAAGGUUAGAUCUUGUACCUAAACAAAUUGGCAGAAGGCAAAUGAGAAAUAAUAAAAUUGAGACAGUUGAUCUGGUUAGUGAUAAUGAUGAUGAUGAUGAUGAUGAUGGAGAUAUUCAACAGCCAUCUACUUCAAAAACACCGCCUAGAGCAAGUAAACUAAACAAAUCAAACAUUCAAAAAAGUUCAGAAAAAAGACCAACCAGAUCCAGAUCAAUAUCUGCAAGUCAAAUAAAAAAUAUUGAGUCCAGCUUAGCUCCAAGGAAAUCUCUACCUAGCACAUCACAUGCUGAAAAUUUACCUAAGAGAUCACCUAGAAGACGCCGACAAGAAUCGGAGAAUGAAAAUGAUCUUGAUAAACCAGAUAAUAUAAUUGAAAGUAAAAUCCUGGGGAGAGGACGGAAAUCAAAGAGAAAGAAUUCUGAGGUAAAUAACUCUGAAAAAAGACGUACUUCCACCACCAAUAAUUCCAAACCAAAUAAGAAGACUCCAAAAGAAAGAAGUGUUGAUGCCUCUGACAAGGUAGCACACCAGAAAACACAAAAAGGAAGGAAACUUUCAUAUUCAGAGUCAUCCAGUGAAAAUGAUGCAAAUGAUGAAGAAAUAAAUAAGAACCGGAAAAACGUUUCUGAAUCACCUGAAGUUAUGGUAGUUAGUGAUAGUGAAGAGACAGAAGAAAACGUGACAAAACAAACUACAGUAGAACAAAAUAUUGUUGAGAUAUCAGAUAUUGAAAAUAUCAUUGGAAAACCUGAAACUUUGGAGGUGCCAGAACAUGUUGAUGAAAUGAAUAUCGGCGAUGAGAGUACGAAAGGAGCUAUGAUUCAAUCUAAUGGUUUUGCUACAACUCAAGACUUAAUUGAGGUUUUGGCGGGAAGUGAUGAACCGGAAGUAAGUGACGAUGCUGCGAUGGAUGAAUCUUUAAACAGUGAAAAAUUAGAGGCAUCAAAAAAAGUAGCAGCCGAAUCAACUGAGUUAGUGCGAAAUAUUGUAGACGAUGUUACUGAUGGAGAAUCUCAUAGUCCUGCAAAACCAGACUCUGGUAAUGAAACCGAAAAUGCGGUGGAGAUUGAAACAUUAGAACAGAGUAUCAACGAUAGUUUGAAUGUUUCAGUUAAUAAGUCCGCAACUAAGAAGCGUGCUCCAUUUAAGAUUCGUUUCUCAAAGGGUUUUGAAUAUUCAAAAUUUACCUGCGACACUUGCCAGAAGAUGUUUAAGAAGAGUGCUGAUUUGUCGUUGCAUCUUUUGCAGCAUCUUGACAAUAGGGACUUGUCUGUCCGAGUAUUCCGUGCUAUAUUGCCGAAGAAAUUUGAUACCAGUUGUCAUGAUAUGGAUAAGUAUUUGAAGCCGAAAAAGAAGAGACCCAUAACCCCGUUCGACGUCGACGAGGCGAAGAGUUUGAUGAGCAAAUAUUGCAGGGAUGAUAGUUUUUUGGAACCUUUUGAGGAUACAAUUGACGGAGAUAUUAGUAUGAAUCAAACAAAUGGUGAUGCAGUACCGAAUGUUGUAGUUCUUAGCGAUAUCACAUUGGUGAGCCCCGAUAAACCUGAGCACAGUGUUGAGAUCGACGUGGAUCAAUUGCAAGAAGUAACUUCGGACAAAUCAACAUCACCCAUUCAAGAAUUGUCAGAGAACGAUGAGGAGCCGAUUAAUGUUGAUUCUCAAACCGAGGACAUUGACCAAGAUACGGAAAUCAUUGAAUUCAAACACAGAACGACUGCUUCUGAUGCAGACAUUGAUGUUAAAACAACUACAAUUUGUGAAGUUGUUGAGUUAAAGGGAGAGAAUCAAGUAGAAGAGUGUAUAAUGUCUACAGAUGAAGUAGAAGAUGUUGUUCCCGAGGCCCAAGAAGAGGUGUGCGUAAUUACUGACGAGAAAGAAAACGAAGAAGUAACUCCAAAAGACCUUGAAAUAAAUACGGAAAAUGAAGUUGUCCCCGAUUCCCAAGAAUACGUGUGUGUAGAAAAGUCCGAAGAAGUAAUUCAAGACAACCCAGAAAUGUUUGAUAAAAGUACAGAUAAUGAAGAAGUUAUUCCUGAUUCUCAAGAGGAGGUAUACGUACUCACCGAAGAAAUAAUUUCAGACGAUCAAGAUAUUUUUGAUAGAAAUACAGAUGCUGAAGAAAUUAUUCCAGAAACACAAGAAGAAUGUGUGAUUUCUGAGAAAGAAGUUGAAAUUGGUUUUACUGAUACAGAAGAUCAGAUUGAUUUUAAGGGCCAAGUUGAACAAGUUCCCAGUGUUGUCGCGGAGGACGAAAAUGACGUCGCAGUUCUGCAACUUCAUGACGAAGAACACAGUGUUCAAGAAGUUACUAAUGAAUCGCUCAAUUCGGAUGAUUUAUUGAAAGAUAAAUCGGAUUCCGAAGAUGCGAAGAAACGAAAACGUGAUGAUGUUGAAGAGGAAGAUACAGAGGAUUCGAACAAAAAAUUGAAGCUAGUAGAUGAUAGUGAUGCAGUGGAGAAAGAUUUAAGUAUAUCACUGCAUUCAGAUGACUAUGUGUCAUGCGUUGACGAGACAUCGCCAAGCCAUAGCCCUAGCAAACGCUCAGACACAUCCGAAAGCGAUAAUGUGGAUCUAAUGAAGUUUGCAUCAUUAGAUAAUCAAAUGAAGUCUCUUAUUGAUAAACAUAAGGAAACUCUUAAGGUGUCUGAAGAUUUGGACAGUACCAUGACAGAGAGUGAAGUUCGAGAAGGUACUGAUGAUUUCAUCGGUGACAUAAAUUGUAAGCCAGCAAAUGAUGAGAAUGUUGUUUCUUCUCAAUGUAGCAUAGCACUUUAGAAGGUGUGUUUAUGUGCAUAAUGUUUUAAUAUCUUCGAACUAUAUAGACAUUAAUGUUAAUAAUCCGAUUACUUUUUUUGAUUAUACUUUAGAACGUUAUAUAAAUGAUAUAGCUUGUCGUAUUAAAUAUUCACAAGACAGAAAUUUAAGAAUUGAUUAUUCAGCAUAAUUUACUUAUUAUAAAAAACUAUUUUAAUAAAUACCUUAUGUAUCCCUUAAUUUAUGUUUGUGGAUGUUUUGAACGUACACCAUUACAAUUGAAUAGGAAUAUUUUAAUACCUAAAAUUCAAAUUGUAACUAAUAUGUUAUUUUGAAAUGAAAAGAAAUCUAGUUGCCUGAAAUACAACUGCAUUCGAAAAUGCUCCGAAGUGACCAAGCAAUAGCUUAAAACCAGAGUUUGAAUUUAAAUUCAUGAGCAUUAGAUAUUUUGUAUUCUGUAAAUCACCAUCCCAGGGGCAUGCGUAGAAGAAGUCGUGCCGGUAUUGUUCAUUCUGUAAACAUUCAAAUUGAUUCGUGACUUAAGUAAGUGUUUUGUGUAAGCUGUUGUGUUCAACUGAAAGCGUGACCAGGAGGCUCGGGUGCCUAACGAGCGAACUAUACAUCGCAUUUUGCGUGUCGUUUGGUCAACCAUCGCCGGUAAUCUGUGAUAGUCAUCGUGUUUGGUGUUUAGUGGGAUGAUCUGUACGUGAGCCAUUUUGCCCGUGGAACAUGGACAAAAAUCUGCGUGGAAUACCAAGAAAGAACGUUCUAGGUGAUUUCUACGUCAAAUCAUCAUUUAAUGGACGGCACUGCACAUCAGUGACUUGGCUACCAACAAUGGUGUCCAUCAGUGACUUGUCUACCAACAAUAGCGUCCCAUCUUUUCCAUGUUCCAGUUAUUUGCUUGCACGCCAGAAAAGAAUUUGGAGCCUAUAACACCCACUGACGUUUCGAUGGGAUACCUAUAUAAUUUGCCGUUUAUCUGGUAAUCACUUCUUGCGCUCCCACAUUAUUUUUCAAAUCACUACAAAUAAUGCGCCCGGGGAAAAAUGAAAACUUCCCGACUUUUAAAACCACGAACGCAUUCUUUUAGUUCACUUAUAAUUAGAAUUGUAUAUAUUUAGGGACCUUUGACAUUUAAUUUGAUGAAUGCUUGUGGAAUAACAUGCAAUGGAUACACUUUGCAAAAUAUUAGUUGAUUUAUGGACGGAUUUUACCCAUCCAGUUAUUUGCUACAAAAUAAAUUUUCUGGUACAUAUUUUUACUUCAUUAUGAAAAUGGUUAUCAAGAGUUUACAUUGUUUUGCACAUUUUAACGCCUCACGACUACUGUAUUGUAUUAUUGCUUGUCGUGUUUAUGGGACGAGUUUGCGUUUUAUUUGUUGGUAAUGCGGAUAAGGGUAUUUGUUAGUUGCCGCACUGUUGUUGUCUAGCUUUAACUCGCGAAGGGGGCGUUUCUAGGAAUGUUAAAUUAAAUUCUCCUUGGGGUUGUAUUAGCUUGUUGCAGAAGUUGCGUUUGCAACAUAUGUAAAGUCGAAAAUUGGGUGGUUAAGUGGGAUUAAGUUUUUGGGUAUAGCUUGCAAGGGGAGCGGCCUAGAAUUUUCAACGCGGUGUCUGUUGGAGAAGCUUCAACAACAGUGCGCAUAAUCAUAGAUUUGUGUUUGGUCGUGUCAUUCUCUUGAGCACAUAUCCAUGAUUGCUGUUUGUGUUAUGUAAUUGUGUAUGUAGAACUUGAGAACUUCUAUUAUUGUGUAUAUGACUUUGCUGUAUUGUCUUAUGUAUUAAUGUGUUCAUACAUGUUUGUUGUACUGUCCACUUAGAAUUCGUUUUUAUAUGUAAAUGUUUUGUAUUACAUUGUAGUUGUUUGUGUUUUAAUGUUUAUUGUUCAAUAAAACAUAAUGUAAUAUUA